AUGUCGUCAUCCGAAGCAUCUGGACAUUGGUACCUGAAGCUUCUCCAACAAGCUGAAGUCCCUGAGCAUUUUCAUCAGGGAUCUAUAGAGGCACUUCAGCAAUUGGGCAUUCAGAGUUUCCAAGCCUUAGUUGCAGCAUUCACCUCCCGUCUCCACAAUGAUGUGGACUUCGGCUUGGGUGAUUUGAUGCUCCCUCCUUUCCACAGGAAGAAAAUGGCCGAAAUCUUGCGUCAUCCGCCUUUGCCCAUCACUCAUGAGGAGAUCAUGGUGUGUGCUGAGCUUUGUGCUCUAGCCUACAAGUCUUGCGGUGAAGACUCAGACGAGACUGCCAAGUUCAAGAAGGGACGUGCUCCUGAUCUUUUCUUGCAUGCCCAAUGUCCACGAACAAAGCAAAAAUACCUGUUUUGUGUGGUGGCCCCUUCAGGAAGAUCUUGCUUUUUCGCAGCCUUUGCUGGAACGCAUGCAUCAGGUGAUUGGACAACGAAUCUGACCCUGAUCCCUGUCUCUGGUGUGGGAGUUGGUGGCAAGGUGCACGGAGGAUUCUGGGAGAGAUGCGCUUGUAUGAAAUUCCCAUUCAUGCACAGAAUGGUGGAGCACUUUGGCUGUGAGGCUAUGAUUUUCACCGGCCACUCCCUUGGGGGGGCUGUGAGCCAUCUCUCUUGUUUGUGGGCCAAGCGCCAGGACGAGUUCAAGCAGUUGAAGCUUCCAAUUUCUUCGGUGGCUUUUGCUGCGCCCUUGGCAGCCUGCGAAGAAGUUGCCAGAGAUGUUGAGAGAUUGGAUUGGACUUCCCAUUUCGUGAACAUUGUGAAUGGGGAUGACCCAGUUCCUCGACUUCUCAACUUGGCAGAAAGCCUAGCUGAGUUGUGCAGGGCAGGGUCGGACCUAUCCCGCAGCAUUGAUGCGUCUCCACAAGAGAUCGGCAGCAUCCUGAACUGCUUGACUGGCAAAGCAGGCCUCUCAACAGUCUUGUUGAAUUUCUUGCCCUCUGCUCCAGUGGCUGAUGCUUUGCAACGCUUGGCGAUGUUGCCAGCUGCCAAGAGCAUUGCCAAAGUGAUUGACAUCUACAAGCCGUUUGGAAUCUAUGUUUUCCUCCGAGCGCCUGCUGCUGGGCCGUACGAAUGUACUUGGUCAAGAGGAAUGGAGGUGCUUGAGGAACUUGGGCCAGCCAAGCUCUUGGACAAGAGCUUCAAAGGCAAUUUGACAAACGACAACAUACGGAGGCAUGACGUUUCUGCCUACAAACUGGUUCUAAACCACAGGCCUGUGAAGGAGUUUCUUGAUGUUCCAGUACCAUUGGAACCUAGCCGCUCAGUUUCCUCCGGCUCAUGCCCCACAGAUGCUCCUUCCCCCAUGUCAGUGGCAUCACAAGUCAAUGUUGUAAGUGUCAUAGUUUUUUCGGAUCUUGAGAAGAACGAGGUGCUUUACGGUAUCAUUGGCAAGAAUCUUGACCUUCUCGGCACUGCAGGGAUGGAAUUGUUCGCUGACGAUCAGUUUCAAGUUGCAGAAAGCAUAGUGCCAGUUCUCCAAGAAGAUACAUUCUUGACACUGCAGCAGCAAGGACUUGACCAAAGCAAAAAACUUGAGGACAGCAAGCGGUUGCGGUUCCGCCCUGAUGUCGGACCAUUGAUUGAGUUUCCACUGAACAGUACAGAUUUCAGCUCCUCCAGGAGCGUGGACAUGGGGCUUGCGCGGGAUGCAGACUUGCGCUUCGACAAAAACUUUGUUCGACGGACUCUGAAGCAGGCAUGGCUGAUGGAGCAUUAUGUUAGCGAUACACACCUCCUACAGGAGUUGGUGAGGUUGGAUCAGCUGGGUCAGUUCGGUCUUAUGGAUCACUACCACGUAUCAAAGGCAAAUGCAGCAGAAGCGCUGUGCCACGUAGGAGAAGGAGAGGACGCCAAGAAAUUGAUCCAAGCGACGCUAGACUGGAUAUGUCCACCUGGCGGCUUGAAACUUCCCAGCAAAAAGGGGCUGUUUGCUCGCGGGAUCUUGACAGUAGCUGGGUUUGCUGGCGUGACAGCCGCCUUUGUGUAUUCCGGGGGCCUCAGUCUUCUGCUGCCUUCAGUUUUCCCUGCCACAGGCGGUUAUUUGACAGGAGGCGUCUCUUCCCUUGCCUUUUUGAUGGCUCUGCGCCUCUCAGAUGACCGCCUGCCAUUCCAAUACAACCAGAUGUUGGCAGUGCUCCUUGAGGAGGCAGGCUGCUCCCUGGUCGAAUUUCCGGCUUUCUUGAGGAAUGAUGAGUUCGAGAAAGAAAAGAGAUUGAUUGAGCUGGUUGAGCUUGGCAAGGUGUCCGGAGUACCGCAAUGGGUAGCCACCGGUCGCUUUGUGGGCCUGAGGAGCCCAGGGCUGCAAGAAGUCAACCGACGAUACGAAGCAGUGAGGAUCAUCCACAAUAUCAAAGAGACAGUGUGCAUCCCAACAGUCUUCGUUUCUGGCCCUGCCAACUCUGGCAAGACAACGCUCGUCUCACAACUGCUGAUGUCUCCAGAGCUGGAGCAGGGGGCUGGCUACAUGCAAGAAUGUCGGACGCAGGGAGUCAAUGCCCACAAGUGGGGACAAGGAGCUUUGGUCAUUGACACACCAGGCCUGGAUGCUGCCCAAGAUGAGCUCGUUGGAAAAUUUAGGGCUGGGGCGUGUGCUGCCAAGGCUUAUGUCUACAUUCGCUCCUACCAAGGAUUGGAGCAAGGUGACGAUGUGAAAAACAUUGUAGUCACCUUGGACCAGGCUGCAAGCCCUUCGCCUCAUGUUCUCAUCUUGCUCAAUCAAGUCAUUGAGAAGAGGAGGCUUGCAACAGGCGAGAAGCUUUCCAAACAAGAGCUACUCACGAUCAAGAAGACUAUGUUGGCCAACAUGAAGGAGGAGUUUUCAAGGACACGAACGAAGAAGUUUGAAGGAACACGGAUGGGAAAUUUCUUUUCGACAUUUUUAAAUUCAAAAUUUACCAAUGUUGAGAUCAUGUUUGCAGACCUGAGUCGCACACGUGAAGAGAUCGACUCUGUUGCUGAAGACAUCCGUGAUCUUGUUCUUGAUGCCCGUGGUGUUGCCAACUGGUGUCAGAAGGUGCUGGACCCAAAGAAGGAGAAUGAUCAUUUGCAACGUGCCGUGAACCAGGUGAAUUGGACAAAUUGGGUCCAGCAGUGCCAAGCGGCAAGGCAACGCCGCGAAGAAGAACGUGAAGCAGAGGCUGAGGCUCAGAUUUUGGCCGACAUCAAACAGGCGAAGAAGAGCAAAGACUUGGAAGUGGCGGUGCGCAUCGCCACCACCAGGGAACGUCUCUGUUGGAUCGGAGCAUACUAUGCCUUCGUCGGAGGCAUGUCUUUGGCGCGGAGUAUGUCGAUGCGUUGGCGUGGGGUGCGGCUGCACUGGGACAAUGCCUUUCUUCCGUUGAACAUUGUGUUCUUCUGUAUGCCCCCCUUCCUCUUCACCUAUCAACUGGACCUGGCGCUACAUCCCAUGCGCCUCGGCGGCCUCCACCUAGGCGGCAAGGCCAACCGCAUCGCGGAGGAGGCGAAUCGGAUUCGCCUGGGCAGGAAACAUCACUGGUUCGGCUGCGAGUACCUGCCCUGGGUGGAUGACCAGACGCUUUGGAUCCACAAACCCAUCUGUUUGCCGCUGACCUUAGAAGCGGCCUAUCACCGCGAACGGGCUGCAUCCCUCAGGGCACAACGCGCCAAGGGGUUGGAGGCUGAAGCGGAUUGGGCCUACUUCAUGCCACGAUGUGAGACCUGA